AUGGACAAGUAUGGCAGCUCAUCGACUCCAACACUGCUGGAUACUGCAAAGCAUGGUCUUCCUCCAGCCGUUCCAAAGCAAGUCAGCAGCCACCCGGACACAGCAUCUAGUGGAAAAGUCUUCCGCUCUACCACAUUUCCGAUUGCUGAUUGUCAGGAAAGCUUCACGCUGGUCAAAAGUUCCACCCAGGACGCGAGUGGUGCCCAGAAUGACGCCAACACGGAACGCACUUCUGCGGCUGAGCUCAAUCCCAACGCUGAUCGCGCACAGGAGCUUGCACGACUCGAACAGCAUCGACAGUCCAAGCUGCAAAAGUCACAAGAAAAAGCCAACGAGCAGGAGCAAGAGUAUGAAGAGAUUGAAGUCACAGACGAAGAAGACGAGGCCGAGAUGGACAUGUUUGCUCUCUCCGACGAAGGAGACGGCAACACGGUAGAUGCAAGCCAGAAAAAGACCAAGACCAUCCGCGUCCUCAAGGACAAGAGCGGCGGCUCUGCCGCGAAUCUCCCAAGCCACACGAAAGGAAUGCCGUUGUCGGAUCCAACGUCGACUAGGAACACGAAUCUAUCCAGCAACUGGGACGACACCGAAGGCUACUUGCGUGUCAUUCUAGGCGAAACGCUCGACGAGCGCUACCAGAUUUUUGCCAAGCUUGGCAAGGGCAUGUUUGCAUCGGUAGUGCGUGCGCGGGAUCUUCGAGACAAUGGGCGAGAGGUGGCGAUCAAGAUUAUUAGGGUGCAAGAGAGCAUGUACAAAGCAGGGCUCAAGGAGGUGGCCCUCUUACGGAAGUUAAAUGACUCGGAUCCGGACGAUCGCAAGCACGUGGUGCGUCUCGAACGAUACUUUGAUUACAAGGGGCAUCUCUGCAUGGUGUUCGAGUCCCUCGGAAUGAAUCUGCGCGACGUCGUUCGAAGGUACGGUCGCGACGUCGGUCUCAACAUGCAGGCGGUGCGGGCGUAUGCGCAUCAGCUCUUUCUGGCACUCUCGCACCUCGCCAAAAAUUCGAUAAUUCAUGCCGACAUCAAGCCGGAUAACGUGCUGGUCAACGACAACAAGACACUGCUCAAGCUGUGCGAUCUGGGCUCCGCUUCGUCGCUCGAUGAAUUGGAGAUCACCCCUUAUCUCGUCUCGCGCUUCUACCGUGCGCCCGAGAUUAUCCUUGGCCAGGCGUACGACUGCUCGAUCGACGUGUGGUCUAUGGGCUGUACGCUGUACGAGCUCGCCACGGGCAAGAUCCUGUUCGCAGGCAGGACCAACAACCACAUGCUUCUGUUGAUGCAGGAGCUGCGUGGACGCUUCACCACGAAGCAGAUCCGUAAGAGUCAGUUUGGCGAGCAGCAUUUCGACGAUGCCAACGCCUUUCUAUCGAUGGAGCCCGACAAGAACACGGGUCAGAGUGUGGUUCGGAGGGUGAUGUUGCAGAAGGCCACAUCGGACCUGCGUUCGCGACUGCUGCCAGCCGAAGCAGCCAAACAGCUCAAGGCAGACGAGUUGAAAACGAUGAAUCACUUUGUAGACCUGCUUGAACGCUGCUUGGAGCUGGAUCCUGCCAAACGCAUCAAGCCCAAGGAUGCGCUCGAGCACGCCUUUGUCGCCCACGUCUCCAAGUGA